GCAACGCUUCAAAAUAAUUGCUCGUCGUGGAAAACGGUUACCAAAAUAAAGAAAACUGAAAAUAUUAAUAUAAAAUAAUGAGUUAUUUGAAAGGUUUAGUUGCAUAAUCAAACUUCUUGCGUUAUUUAUAUUCAGAUUAAGCUAGGACUGGGACCGCCGUCUUAAUUGGCAGUAAUUUAGCGCAAUGGAUUACAACCAGAUGCAGAUGAACCCGUACAGUGGCCAGGAUCUACAAGUUGACCCUAGCCAGCAACCAGCAACCCCGAUGAUGGACCCUAAUAUGAUCAACAAUCCCUAUGCGCCUCCACCACCAAUGUUUCCGCCCGUUGGUGAGUUUCCCCCCGUUGGUGAGCCGUCCCCCCACCCACAGGAGUAUAGAGAACUACACAGCUUCAUGGUUGACGGGGGUGACAGGUUUGGGGUCUCCUGUCUCUGCUUUGAUACACAGGAGCUUCUCUGGAUGGGAAACCAGGGGGGCCAUGUGACAUCCUACUUCGGUCCAAGGCUACAGAAGUACACAUCGUUCCAAGUCCACAUGACAGAAGACGUUCGCCAGAUGGCGCCACUCAAAGAUCGUGGGAUUCUCUCCCUUACACAGAGCAGUCUACGUCUCUCCAUCAGACGCGGACUGUCCUCCUUUACAUUCACGAGCCCGGAUAUGCAUGAUAUGCAGUGUAUGUUGGUGACCGGGCCCUCGACUAUGCUAAUUGGAGGUCACCAUACAAAGGUCAUAGAACUUGACCUGACGACUGUCAAGGAAAAACAAAAGAUCGAUGUCAAGGAUCCGGGUGUGGCCAUUUUGAGACAGACGCCAAAAUUCAUCUGUGCUGGAGACACUGGUGGUAACGUGAGCCUUUAUGACCCGUCCACAUUGAAGGUAGAACAUGUGUUUGAUGCCCAUUCUGGGACUCUCUCAGACUUUGACAUCCAUGGAAACUUCCUCGUAACUUGUGGAUACUCCAACAGACUAGGUAAUCUGACAGCUGACCGAUUUCUGAAGAUGUACGAUAUUCGCAUGAUGCGUGCCAUGUCUCCUAUGCAGCUGAUUAUAGACCCCACAUUUCUCCGAUUUGUACCGACAUAUUCCAGUCGUCUUGCUGUAGUUUCCCAGAUCGGGCAGUUCCAAGUGAUAGAGGCAAUGGGAACACCGUCCCUGUCCAUGCCUUACCAAGUGGCGUGUCAUAACUCCAUCAUCAUGAGUUUUGAUGUGGCCUCUACCUGCCAGGCUCUGGCAUUCGGGGACAGUGGAGGGUUUCUGCACAUGUUUGCCACUGACGAGAAUGUGACGUUCAACACUUUCCAUGAGGAAACAGACCUGGCCGACCCAGUAGAGCCUAGCCAGAACAUCCACAUUCAUGACUUCAGUACUCCCUAUGCCAUGGUACCCAUGAGCUACCCAGGGAUUGGAAAACUGUUAUCUGAUUGGCCGGACUAUCUCUGUGAGAAGGUGUACAGAAAACCGAAGCCGAUAGAUUCAGAGAUCCUACGCUCCAUGAAAGUGUACCAUAACGUGGGUUAUGCCCCAAAUCCUGCCAAGGAGAGACGCAACCAGAUGCCCUACCUCAAAGCUAACGAGGGUGGCAAGAAGGGGAAGUCGAAUAUACCGGAGUCUCCCAUUGGUCGAGCUGACGACCCAUUCAUGUCCGUACCCAAGAAGUAUCGUAAGGUGGACCUCAAGUAUUCGAAGCUUGGUCUUGAAGAUUUUGAUUUUCGCCACUACAACAAGACACAUUUUGCCGGCCUUGAGAUUCACAUACCUAACGUCUAUUGUAACAGUAUGCUUCAGAAUUUCUACUUUAUUGAGCCACUACGGGUACGUCUGUUAAAUCACCUCUGUGAGCGGGAGUUUUGUCUCUCAUGUGAGCUGGGAUUCCUCUUCCACAUGCUGGACAAACAGAAGGGACAAACUUGUCAGGCUAGCAAUUUCUUGCGAGCUUUCCGCACCCUGCCUGAAGCAGCUGCACUGGGCCUGGUCCUUGCUGAGAAUGAAGAAAACCUUGGGCGUGUCAACCUUGGGCGCCUCAUUCAGAGUUGGCAGCGUUUCAUGCAUCAGCAGAUUCACGCUGAAACAUCCAAUAAACAAGUUGGAGAAGAAAAGAAGGAGGAAGAAGCAAUUGUAGAGCUGGAAAAGGAGGAACAAGCUGUUGAGGCAUCAGGGGAGGUAACUUCUCAAGUAGCAGACGACACUGAAAAAACAGCAGAAGACAAGGCUGAAAAGGAAAAAGAGGUAAAGAAGGAAGAGGCUAAAUCUUCUAAAUCUAAAAAGAAGAAAAAGAAAGGCAAGAAAGAAAAGAAAGAGGAUAAAGAAGCCAAAAAACCAGCUGCUGUGGCUGAAUCUGAAGUACCAUGGAGUUCAACGGAACAGCCAACUGAAGAAGUAAAGGAGGAGGUGACUGAAACAGCCCCAAAAGAGGAAGGAGCCAAUCAGGAUGAUAAAGAGAAGAAGGAGGAUGGAUCGGUUAUCACAGAGAUAUUUGGCCUGGACUCUGUCACAUACCUACGAUGUCGUUGUGGGCUGGAGAACAAAAAGCAAGUGACUACCACAUUGGUCAAUCUCAGCUAUCCAGACUGCUUUCCACAGGGUGUCAGCAAGGGGCCCGUACAAGUAAGCUUCGCCCAGCUACUGGAGCACAGUCUGACCCUGGAACAGAACACGCAGGCCUGGUGCAACAUUUGUGCCAAGUAUCAGCAACAUCAACAAAGCAAGGAAGUCCUAUCUCUCCCCGAUGUGUUGGCCAUCAACUGUCAACUGGAAAACCCGAGGGAUCUGGAGUUCUGGAAAGUCCAACUUAUGCUGUUGAAAAACAAGGAUGAGGGUGACAAUAUAUCCUCUACUUCAUCUUCCCCGAUAAAUCUUCCCACCACCAACGUUAUGUGUCGAUAUGGUCGGAAGUGUGCCAAGAAGGGGUGUAGAUUCAGGCAUGAACAGGACUCCAAGGACUGGUUACAAGAUGACCUGAUGCGGAUCCAUAUGGAUGAUGAGAAUGAUCCAAUCUGGAUCCCAUUUGGAUUCAAGGUCACAUUAUUGGAGAAUGGGAAAUUGAAGCUGGAAGAAUUCUCAGAUGAAGAUCCGAUCCCAGAUGAAAUUGAGCCUAACACAAAGUACUUUGAGCUGCAUGGAACAGUAUCUCACAUCAAAGACAACAAGGGAGGUGGUGGUCACCUUGUUAGCCAUAUUAAGGUGGGAGAGACAUAUCAUCAAAGAAAAGAAGGUGUGACUACAACACAGUGGUACCUGUUCAAUGAUUUCUCCAUAUCAGAUGUAGAAAAGGAGGAAGCUGUACGAUUCAACCUUGAUUGGCGCGUUCCCUGUACCAUCUACUUCAGGCGUCGUAACAUCACGAAACACUAUGAUCUCACAAUGAAUAACCCAAUCACCAGCAAUAUUCUGUUCGAUGAAUCGACUCUGAUCAACCCGCGUAAGAGGAAGCUCACUUUUACACCCCUCACCAUGGAGGAGCAGCCGAAACGGGGCGACAUUAUUGGACUUGAUGCUGAAUUUGUAUCCCUCAAUCAGGAGGAGUCUGAGUUGCGAAGUGAUGGCACGAGGUCAACGCUGCGACCCAGUCAUAUGUCUGUGGCCCGGCUUACAUGUAUUAGAGGACAAGGUGAAAAUGUUGGUGAACCCUUUAUUGAUGAUUACAUCUGUACACAUGAACAGGUUGUGGACUACCUGACCCAAUACUCCGGUAUUAAGCCCGGAGAUUUGAACCCGGCAGUGUCUGACCGCCAUCUCACCACUCUUAAGGCCACAUACGAGAAGAUUCGCUAUCUGGUAGACACAGGGGUAACGUUUGUGGGACAUGGACUCAAGAAAGACUUCAGGGUCAUCAAUAUUCAUGUCCCAAAGAACCAGAUAAUUGACACAGUCGAGCUGUUCCAUCUGCCAAGACAGAGAAUGAUCUCACUCAAGUUCCUUGCUUCGUAUUUCCUUAAGUUGAACAUCCAGUCAGUGACCCAUGACUCUGUGGAGGAUGCACGCACGGCCCUGCAAUUGUACCAGAAGUAUGAGGAAGUCUCCCAUGAUGGUGUGGAUAAGAUUCGCAAGGUCAUCAAGGAGAUGUACGAAUACGGACGUAAGAAUAUGUGGAAAAUUGCGGAUGCAGAGGAAGAGACCGGGGAAGAUAGCGCUGUAGCUUUCUUGUAAUAUUGUUAGUUCAUGGUGUUGUUCAUGGGAAAAUGAUGAUGCACUCGGUGAUGUGAGACCGGAGAACAUAGCGCUGUAGCGUUCUUGUUAUAUUGUUAGUUUAUGAAGUGUCGUUCUUGUGUAGUUGAUGAUGUACUCGGCGGUGUACAAGACCAUUUCUUUAUUAAAAAAAUGGAGCUACUUUUGUUUGAACAUGGAGGGGAAAUGUAGUGACAGCAACCAGUAAACUGGAGAAGUUUUAUUCUAUCAGUAAAUUAUGGAUGUUGUGGGUUAGUGCUAUCAGAACUUGUUGUAUGUUUAUGUAAAAUUGUGAACACUGUCAAUACAUUGUUUACAAUGUGGUGAGGAGUGCUGAUUUUUUUCUUACCCUGUAUGAUUUGUGUAAAUUGGUUAAAUAAUAAGGAUAAUUUACCAAUCAUUUGUUGUAAACAUCGAAAGAAAAGGUGACAUUGCAUUAAUGAGAAGGCUUUAAUUGUGUAAAAAGAAGUGAAGACAAUGCAGUUAAAUUGUUGUUAAAGGAUAUUAUAGAUUUGAAUUGUUGAUGACCUUGAUGGAAAAUGGACAGAGGCUUAGUUAAUUUGUACUGGCAAAAUGAAACAGUUUCGCCUAUUACCUUUUAAAUUUGUGCAAUUGCAUUAUUGUACAUGUUAAUUUCACUUAUGAUGUUCUAACAAUAUAUUUGUAUUUCAUAUUCAAAUUAAGACAAGUAUCUUAUCAUAAGCAUAUUAUCAUAAUUGAUCAAUUGUUAUAUGUGACAGAUUUCUGAAUCUCUACCGCGGAGUAGAUUUGUAAAAUUAUUUUCUACAUUUGACAUUUGAGUGUUAUGCAUAACAUGUUAAACUGUGUUCAGAAAUACUGAAUGGACAGAAAUGUGCUUACCGUUUAUUGUGUUUUUGAUUACAAUUGACUGUAAAUACAUGUAAACCUGAUCAUUGUAUUGAAAGUAAAUAAAUGAAAGAUCUGAAAA